CUUGCCAUUGGAUAUGACAUUGGCUGUGAUCACAGCAAGACAUUGGCAACAAGUAUUCUUGGACAGGAAGCUCAAGAGAAGAACUUGAAGAUGUACAUUGGCACCUUCCAUGGGUACACUCACAAUCACAAGUGCCAGCUCCAGUUCCACCCACACUUCCUCAUGAUGGCCAGCUCAGAGACAAUUGAGACAAAUGAGUGGGUGUUCUUGAAGCAGAACCUCAUGGUGCACUUGUUUCCAUAUGCUUUGGCAUACCAUUGGCACAUGACCUUGCACUUCUUC